AAAGGAAGCUGCCUCAUGAGGACCCACUCACUCAUCGCUGCUCGUCAACAACCUCUGCAAUCCAAUUCACCAAGCACCACGCUCUCACACGUGGCACCUCCUCCGUCCCACACGUGUCUCUCCGUACCUCCCUCCCCGCCAAAACUGUCCUAUAAAUACCGGACCAAGUCGCAGGCCAGAAGCAGCAGAUCAAAACUCAGUGACUGUGAAGUGAGCGAAAUGGACGCUCAGAAGCUUCGCUCGGAGUUCCUCCAAGUUCUGCGCAGCAGACGAUCGGGCGAAGUUCCAAUGUUGGUUGAGCAGGCGAAACCGGUGGCGAAUCCGUUGUUUCAGGAGGAUAAUCCAGCAAGCUUCAGUGAGGCAAUGAACGCUUGUCCGAAAGCCAGCAUCCCCGAUUUCAAGGAUAAGCUGCAGGAAGAAAACCUUUACUUAAUUACUGAGGCUGGAGAGCAAGGGCGGUUGCCCGUGUUAAUUUUGAGCAUGAAGGAAAAUUGUACCCAGAAAAGGCCUGCUGUUGUAUUUCUGCAUAGUACAAACAAGAACAAAGAAUGGUUAAGACCAUUGCUUGAGGCCUAUGCUUCAAGGGGAUACGUAGCAAUUGCCAUUGAUUCCCGCUACCAUGGCGAACGUGCCAGAAAUAUCUCCACUUACAGAGAUGCUCUCGUAUCAGCAUGGAAAAAAGGUGAUACAAUGCCAUUCUUAUUUGAUACGGUCUGGGACUUGAUAAAAUUGGCAGAUUAUUUAACACAGAGGGAGGAUAUAGACCCUACUAGGGUAGGAAUCACCGGUGAAUCACUUGGAGGGAUGCAUGCAUGGUUUGCUGCUGCUGCUGACACCCGUUAUGCAGUAGUGGUUCCUAUAAUUGGUGUUCAGGGAUUUCGAUGGGCCAUAGACAACGAUAAGUGGCAGGCUCGAGUUGACAGUAUAAAACCUGUUUUUGAGGAAGCACGAAUUGAUCUUAGGAAGAGUGUGAUUGACAAAGAAGUGGUGGAGAAGGUCUGGGAUAGGAUUGCUCCCGGUCUGGCCUCCCAGUUUGAUUCUCCUUACUCGAUUCCAGCUAUCGCACCUCGUCCUCUGUUGAUUUUAAACGGUGCCGAAGAUCCUCGAUGUCCGCUUGCUGGUCUGGAAGUUCCCAACUCCAAAGCAUGCAAGGCUUAUGCAGAUGCGCACGCCAUAGACAACUUCAAGUUCAUAGCGCAGCCAGGAAUCGGGCACCAAAUGACCCCGCUCAUGGUAGUCGAGGCCAGUGACUGGUUCGACCAGUUUCUGAAGCAGUGAGGCCGUGGUUGCAGUCGUUCUGUUCGUUGUUUCUACCCAAUCUACUUUCCCAAUGUUCAUAUGUAAAUAGAUCCAAUCGGCUUCUGGGCUUAAGCAAUGUACUCUGUGAUAAUGUAUCGUCAAGACUGAAAUAAUGCAUCGUGUUUUCAGCAAAAUCAUUUGGUAGUACGGACUUUUAUUAAAACAUCGUUCUUAAA